GUGUGUGUGUGUGGUACGUGUUGUGUUGGUGCUUGCGUGCUGCAAGCAGAUGCUGUAGCCGGGUGCAGAGGGCUGGCUCGCUGCUCGCACCUCCCGGCCGCUUCUGGAGACGGGGUGCUGGGGCUCCCAGGCAAACCCGAGCUGGAAACAUCUCCUGAGCUGGACUCCCGCCUAAAGCCUUGGACAUCUCUCCCUGGGGAACGGAGACAAUGAUUGUCCUCAGACAGCUGUCCCUGGAAGCCAAGGCCGCCUUGGCUGCGGCCGGAGUCUUCUUCUCCAUGAUGGUCUCCCGGACAUACCUGUCGGGGAGCCUGGAGGUCGGGGCGCGGCGCUGGCUGUUCAGGCUGCAGCUGGCGCUGUUUGCCAACGCGCUCAUGCUGAUUGGCUCCUUGUACAUUUGGAGGAGCACCGUCGCCGCCCUCCACCGCUCCCCUGCCGCUGACUGGGGCUGCUUUUGGCCCUGGAAGGCGGCCGUCUUGGCCUUCCUGGGCUUGGCCCACUCCAGUUUCUUCACCAUGCUCUUUCUUGUGGCGGAAGAGCCCUACCUGUUCUCCAUGGCUGCCUACUCUAGCCUUGGUGCCUACAUCAUCAUGAUUUUCUUCCUCUUUAUCCUGGGCUGUAUGGAGCAGGGUUAUCAGCUCUUGGCCUGGAGGGGGGGGAGGGUCAGUGGAAGCCUUGACAAGACAAGGAAGACGGUCCUGAAGCCGGUUCUGGCUGUGGCUGUGACUGCCGUGCUCAGUGUGGUUGGGCUCCUCAAUGCUGCCCAGCCUCCGGCGGUGAAGACUGUUGAGGUGCCCAUUCACCAGCUGCCCCCGACGAUGGACGGCCUGAAGAUUGUGCUCCUCUCGGACAUCCACCUAGGCCCGACGGUUGGUAGGACCAAGAUGGAGACGUUCGUGCGGAUGGUGGAGGCACUCAAGCCGGACAUCACUGUGAUCGUGGGGGACCUCUCUGACUCGGAGGCCUCCGUCCUCAGGACGGCUGUUGAGCCCCUGGGCCGGCUGUAUUCCCGCCUGGGCACCUACUUUGUCACGGGAAACCAUGAGUAUUACACCUCUGAUGUCAACAACUGGUUUGAGCUCCUCAAGUCUCUGAAAGUGCAGCCCCUCCACAAUGAGAACGUGAAGAUCACCACCUCUGGGACUCCGGAGUCGGCAAAGACUGGAGAUGACUGGAUCUGCUUGGCUGGGGUAGAUGACAUUGAGGCGGAUGUCCUGCAUUACUCUGGGCAUGGCAUGGACCUGACCAAGGCUUUGGAGGGCUGUAGCCCUGACCAUGCCACCAUCUUGUUGGCUCACCAGCCCCUAGCGGCCAAGUGGGCCCUUCAGGACCGCCCAGACAUCAACUUGAUCCUUUCUGGCCAUACCCACGGUGGGCAGAUCUUCCCCCUGAAUGUAGGAGCUUACUUGCUGAACCCCUUCUUUGUUGGCCUGUACAAAGUGGGGCAGAGUACCUUUGUGUAUGUCAGUCCAGGGACAGCCUAUUAUGGGAUACCAAUGAGACUGGGAAGCCGGGCAGAAAUUACAGAAAUCAUCCUUCGCUCUCCCUGAACAGCCUUUUCCUCAACUUCUUUGCCCCGCCCCCACUCCCCCUUCCAAAAAUUUAGUCUGCCUUAAUCUGUACUGAACUCUAGCCUUGCAAAUAGGCUGGGCUACUAGCCCAGCCCAGGUUGAGUUGGAAUUUAUCAUGAGUAGGAUAAGAAAUCAGAUUUAUUUUUCUAUAUAAGUGGGGAGGGGCAGGUCAGUUAACUAUGGGGGAAAGUCAUCUUUUCCUAUUUGCAAGACUGGCAGUCUAUAUUGGGAUUUGUUAAAUUUGUAGAUGCUAUUUAUUAGGGGUAGGGAACUGUUUGAAAAAGGCAUUCAAAGAUCUGUGGGUGAUAGGGGAAUGGGUUUAGUUUAAGCAGAUUUCCAAGGGCUCUUCUUUAGAACCUUUUUUAGAAAGAGUUUGUGGGAAGGUCAAAGGAAAUAAAUGGUCUCUCUAGAUUCUUCCAUCUUUUCUAUCAGUCACUCUGGAAAUCUACCUUCAACUAAUAAUACAAAGAUGGAAAAAAAUCUUGGCUUCCUUAUUUUAUAUUAAAAUCCUGACAGUAUUGAAUCCUGCCAUAUGGAUGUAGAUCUCCUAAACCUCCCAAAGUACUUGACUGAAGUCAUUAACCAUCAGCCACCUGUCCUGUAGAGAUGUUACCUAACUAACUGACCCUUAUCCUUUGAUCUUUUGAAGAGGAAAUACAUAUAACCUUGAGUGUUGCAGUUAAUAACAUUAAUAUAUUUGUAUAGCACUUACAAUUAAUAGAGUGGUUUGGCAUACCCUUCAUGGUGGGUUGGGUGAUUGGCACUCUCCCUAUUUAAAAAUGGCACCUAUCAUCCAGGAUUGGUUAUUAUGUGGAUAAAAUGAAAUAUUUGUAAAGUUCCUUGCAAACUAUAUAGACCCUAAUUAUUUUUGCAGAAGAGGAGACAAGCUCAGAGGUUCAGAUAGCCUACUCAGGGUGGCAUAGCUAGAAAAUAAGAAACAGAAUUCAGGUAUAUUGACUGAUAAUGCUGGGUGCACUCCAUGAUCCCAAGCUGCUUUGGUACAGCUGACUGAUUCCUAUGUAGUAUUUGAUUUUUGAAUUUGCCAGAGUAGGAAUUCCUUCCCUGGGGCACCUUUUAAAAUUGCUAGUAAAGAUUUAUC